AUGGAUUAUAAAACAAAUCACACAGACAGCUUGAACAUCUGUAUCCCCAACAACUCCAAGGCUGUUCAAAACUUUUCUAUGUCUGGUGACCUCACCAGGAUGAGCUAUGGCAGCUUCAUCAUGCCCACCUUGUUUGGCAUUAUCUGCUUGUUGGGCAUUAUCAGUAACAGCCUGGUUAUCUGCAUAGUCUUUAAGAAAUCUGGCCCUAGCAGUAGCAUCCCAGGUAUCUUCAUCAUCAGUCUCUCCAUGGUAGACCUGCUUUUCCUCCUGGGCAUGCCCUUCCUCAUCCAUCAGCUACUUGGGAAUGGAGCCUGGCACUUCGGGGAGAUGAUGUGCACAGUCAUCACUGCCCUGGAUGCUAACAGCCAGUUCACCAGCACCUACAUUCUCACUGCUAUGUCUAUCGACCGCUACCUGGCCACUGUCUACCCGUUCACCUCUACUCGCUUCAGGAAGCCCCCUGUGGCAAUCGUUGUCAUCUGUGUGCUCUGGGCCUUUUCCUUCCUCAGUAUUACACCUGUGUAGAUGUAUGCUCAGCUCAUCCCUCUGCAAGGAGGACUGCUAGGCUGUGGGAUUUGUUUUCCAGACCCUCAGAGGGACAUUUACUGGUACACUCUUUAUCAGUUCUUCCUUGCCUUUGCCAUCCCUUUUGCCCUUAUCACAGUGGCUUACAGGAAGAUCUUGCUCAAGAUGUCCAGGUCCUCAGAAGCACUAAUGAGCCAAAGACACACAAGGGCUGCUCGAACCAAGAAAUUGACCCAUACAGCAAUUGCUAGUUGUGCAGCUUUCUUCAGUUGUUGGGCACCUUUCCACCUCCUACAACUGGCCCAGUUUGCCAUGACUCACCCUACCUUGCCUUUCCACUAUGCCUACAAUGUGGCCAUCAGCCUGGGUUAUGCCAGUGUUCUGAAUCCCUUUAUCUACAUCCUCCUGGGACGGAAUUUUCCAAGGCAGCUUGGGGUCCCUGGAAGGCCAGAAGCUGCAGGACAGGCCACUCCAAGUGAGAGCAAAAACAUUCAUGGGGAUGCAAGUGAGUCAGGGCAACCACUACCGCAUUUGGUGCCCGUCUCUGGCAGGUAA